UCCCUCCCUCCCCCUCCCCCAUUUCCACCGCGGCCAAUUCAUGGACAGGAACUACCCCAGCGCCGGCUUCGGGGACCCGCUCGGCGCCGGGGCGGGAUGGAGUUACGAGAGGUCAGCGAAAGCUAGCUUGGUCUAUGGCAGCUCCAGGACCUCGCACCCCGAGACCGACAUCUUACACCGCCAGGCCUACGCGGCCCCCCACCCACUGCAAAGCUAUGCCACCAACCACCACCCGGCAGGCCUCUCUGGACUCUUUGACACUGGCCUCCACCACGCGGGCUCAGCAGGGCCCGACGCCUCCGUCAUGAACCUCAUCUCGGCCCUGGAGUCCCGGGGCCCCCAGCCUGGCCCCUCUGCCUCCUCUCUCCUCUCCCAGUUCCGCAGUCCUUCCUGGCAAACAGCCAUGCACACGCCAGGCCCCACGGAGCUCUUCAUUUCAGGCGCUCUGCCGGGUUCCAGCACCUUUCCAUCCUCCUCUGCCCUGUCGGCCUACCAGCACCCGGCUUCCUUCGGCAGCCGCCCCUUCCCAGUGCCCUCGUCCCUCAGCCUCCAAGACCCCCCAUUCAGCCCCCCAGCUAAUGGGCUCCUGUCCCCUCAUGACGUGUUGCACCUGAAGCCCUCGCAGGCACCCACGGUGCCAUCCUCGCUGGGCUUCGAGCGCCUGGCGGGGGGCGGUGUCCUGGGGCCCGCUGGUCUCGGCCCGGCCCAGACCCCUCCUUACCGCCCCGGCCCCCCAGACCCCCCACCACCUCCCCGCCACCUCCCGACUCAGUUCAACCUGCUGGCUUCCUCUUCCGCUGCUGCCGCCGCCGCCGAGCAGUCCUCCCCACAGCUGUACAACUUCUCGGGUGCUGCCCCUGGCCCCCCACCACCCGAGCGGGCCCUGCCCCGCCAGGACACCGUCAUCAAGCACUACCAGCGGCCGGCCAGUGCCCAGCCCCCGCCGCCCCCGCCACCAGCCCAUGCCCUCCAGCACUACCUGAGCUGUGGAGGCAGCUAUCCCUCCAUGGGCCACAGGGCUAACCUGGCCUGCAGCCCCCUGGGCGGUGGGGAGCCCUCCCCUGGUGCUGGCGAGCCUAGCAAGGCCGGGCCCAGUGGAGCCACGGCUGGGGCAUCGGGCCGGGCUGCAGGCCCCGAGGCGGCUGGAGGAGGUGGGGCAGGGGGUGGUGGUGGAGGUUACCGGCCCAUCAUUCAGUCGCCGGGUUACAAGACGGGCAAAGGCGGUUAUGGAGCAGCCGCAGGCGGUGCCAACAGGCCCCCACCGCCCCGUUCAACGGCCACGCCCAAAUGCCAGAGCCUGGGUGGGCCAGCAGCGGCCUAUGCCACCGGGAAGGCCUCUGGGGCUGGUGGGGCAGGUGGCCAAGCCUAUUCCCCCGGUCAGCCCCAAGGGCUUCUAGGACCCCAGGCCUACGGGCAAGGGUUUGGAGGGGGUCAAGCACAGGACUUGAGCAAAGGCCCCAGCUACUCAGGGGGGCCCCCACAGCCCCCCAGUGGUCCCCCGCCUCCUGGCCUAGCCACGUGUCAGAGCUACUCCCCGGAUCAGCUGCAGGGGCAGCUGUAUGGGGUUCAGGGUGAGCCAUACCCAGGGCCAGCUGCCCACUCCCAGGGGCUACCCACGGCCAGCCCCUCGCUCAGCUACAGCACUGGCCAUUCCCCAGCGCUCUCGGGUCACGGCGGUGGCUGGGGGCCCAGCUCCCUGGGGGGUGGCGGGGAGGCCAGCCCUUCUCACAUCAUCCGCCCACUGCAGUCGCCGCCUGCCCCCGGCCGCCCGCCCGGAGUCGGCUCUCCAGGAGCCCCUGGCAAAUACCUGAGUUCCGUCCUGGCCUCAGCCCCUUUCCUGGCGCCCCCAGGAGCAGGCAGCUACGCAGCCGGAGCAGGUGGCUACAAAGGCAAGGGGGAUGGCUCAGAGCUGCUGGCUGGGCCCGGCGGGCCUCCUGCUGAGCGCACGGAAGAUGAGGAAUUCCUCAUCCAGCAUCUCCUGCAGGCACCUAGCCCCCCGCGGACCUCAGGGGCAGACGGCUUGGUGGGUGAAGAUGGGGCAGCGGAUGCCUCCAAGGGACUUGGGGGUAGUGGUGGGGCCGGGGGGCCACCGGGCACACCCUACGAGCUGGCCAAGGAAGACCCCCAGAGGUACCAUCUGCAGAGCGUCAUCCGUACCAGUGCCAGCCUUGAUGAGGGCGCCACGGCGGCCCUGGAGCUGGGCCUGGGGAGGCUGAAGGAGAAGAAGAAAGGGCCGGAACGGGGCGGCGAGACCCCGGAGGGGCUGGCCACCUCAGUUGUCCACUAUGGGGCAGGUGCCAAGGAGCUGGGGGCCUUCCUCCAAAAGAGCCCACCGCCCCCACCUCCCACAGCUCAGCCUGCCCAGCCCACACCCCACGGCCUCCUCCUGGAGGCUGGGGGCCCUGACCUCCCACUGGUGCUGCCUCCACCUCCCCCCCCACAACUGCUCCCCUCAGUCCUCAGCCAUGCCCCCAGCCCCUCUCCCAGUGCCCCAAAAGUUGGCGUUCAUCUCCUUGAGCCAGCCACCCGUGACGGCGCACCCCAGCCUCCCCCACCGCCGCCCCCACCUCCGCCACCCAUGCCCCUCCAGCUUGAGGCCCACCUCCGAAGCCACGGCCUGGAGCCUGGUGCCCCCAGCCCCCGCCUGCGACCUGAGGAGAGUCUGGAGCCGCCAGGCGCCAUGCAGGAAUUGCUUGGGGCCCUGGAGCCACUGCCCCCGGGGCCUGGUGACACUGGCGUGGGCCCACCUAAUACCGAGGGCAAGGAUCCCUCAGGUGCCUACCGCAGCCCAAGCCCGCAAGGCACCAAGGCCCCCCGCUUCGUGCCACUCACGUCCAUCUGUUUUCCUGACUCCUUGCUCCAAGACGAGGAGCGCAGCUUCUUCCCCACCAUGGAGGAGAUGUUCGGCGGAGGGGCAGCGGACGACUAUGGCAAGGCAGGGCCGCCGGAGGACGAGGGCGAUCCCAAGGCAGGGACUGGGCCGCCUCCAGGACCCCCUGCCUAUGAUCCCUAUGGGCCCUACUGCCCUGGUCGGGCGUCUGGAGCCGGGCCCGAGACGCCGGGCCUGGGCCUGGACCCCAACAAACCGCCUGAGCUGCCCUCCACGGUCAAUGCCGAGCCUCUGGGCCUGAUCCAGAGUGGGCCACACCAGGCGGCCCCGCCACCCCCACCUCCCCCUCCACCACCGCCGCCUGCCUCCGAGCCCAAAGGAGGCCUGACCUCGCCCAUCUUCUGCUCUACCAAGCCAAAGAAGCUGCUCAAGACGUCCUCCUUCCACUUACUACGGCGCCGUGACCCGCCCUUCCAGACGCCCAAGAAGCUGUAUGCCCAGGAGUACGAGUUUGAGGCGGAUGAGGACAAGGCCGAUGUGCCCGCUGACAUCCGCCUCAACCCUCGGCGCCUGCCUGACCUGGUGUCCAGCUGCCGCUCCCGCCCGGCCCUCUCACCCCUGGGUGACAUUGACUUCUGUCCCCCCAACCCAGGCCCUGAUGGCCCCAGGCGCCGUGGCCGCAAGCCCACAAAGGCUAAGCGCGAUGGCCCACCCCGGCCCCGGGGUAGGCCCCGGAUCCGCCCACUGGAGGUCCCCACCACCGCUGGGCCAGCCUCAGCCUCCACGCCCACUGAUGGGGCCAAGAAACCUCGGGGCCGGGGCCGUGGUCGGGGCAGAAAGGCCGAGGAGGCAGGGGGCACGCGGCUGGAGCCCCUGAAGCCACUUAAGAUCAAGCUGUCUGUGCCCAAGGCCGGUGAGGGUCUGGGAGCCUCCUCAGGCGAUGCUGUAUCCGGCGCUGACCACAACAGCCUGGACUCCAACCUGACCCGGGAGAAGAUUGAAGCCAAGAUCAAGGAGGUGGAGGAGAAGCAGCCGGAGAUGAAGUCCGGCUUCAUGGCCUCCUUCCUGGACUUCCUCAAGUCGGGCAAGCGUCACCCGCCGCUCUACCAGGCCGGCCUGACGCCCCCACUCAGCCCCCCCAAGAGCGUGCCGCCCUCCGUGCCGGCCCGUGGCCUGCAGCCCCAGCCUCCUGCUGCCCCCACUGUGCCACACCCCCCGCCCGCCGGCGCCUUCGGGCUGGGGGGUGCGCUGGAGGCGGCCGAGAGCGAGGGGCUAGGGCUGGGCUGCCCUUCGCCCUGUAAGCGGCUGGACGAGGAGCUGAAGCGCAACCUGGAGACACUGCCCUCCUUCUCCUCGGACGAAGAAGACUCUGUGGCCAAGAACCGGGACCUGCAGGAGAGCAUCUCCUCAGCCAUCUCCGCACUCGAUGACCCACCCCUCGCUGGGCCUAAGGACACUUCCACCCCAGAUGUGCCCUCCUUGGCAACUGAGGCUGCGGUGCCAGGGCCUCCCCCUCUCCCGGGGCUCCCUAGUGCCAGCAGCAAUGGCACACCCGAGCCCCCGCUGCUGGAGGAGAAGCCCCCGCCCUCGCCGCCUCCCGCCCCGACGCCGCAGCCACCGGGGGAGGGCAUCUUCCGGGAGCGCGACGAGUUCGUCAUCCGUGCCGAGGACAUCCCUUCGCUCAAGCUGGCAUUGCAGACGGGGCGGGAGCCCCCACCCAUCUGGCGAGUGCAGAAGGCCCUGCUGCAGAAAUUCACUCCAGAGAUCAAGGACGGCCAGCGGCAGUUUUGUGCCACCAGUAAUUAUUUGGGGUAUUUUGGGGACGCGAAAAACCGGUAUCAGCGCCUUUAUGUAAAGUUCCUGGAAAACGUCAACAAGAAGGAUUACGUGAGGGUCUGUGCUCGGAAACCCUGGCACCGGCCCCCAGUGCCCGUCAGACGCUCCGGGCAGACCAAGGGCCCCACGUCUGCUGGGGGCAGCUCUGCACCUCCCCCCAAGGCCCCGGCACCACCUCCUAAGCCCGAGACCCCUGAUAAGACGGUAUGUGAGAAGCCCCCAGAGCAGACGCCCGAGACACCUGUGCCCGAGCCCCCUGCUCCAGAGAAGCCAUCCCCGCCGCGGCCCGUCGAGAAGGAGAAGGAGAAGGAGCGGGUGACGCGUGGGGAGCGGCCGCUACGGGGCGAGCGGAGCGCAGGCGGGCGGCAGCCUCGGCCCGAGCGCAGCCUCACCACGGGACAGCCCGCCACUUCCCGGCUGCCCAAGGCCCGGCCCACCAAGGUGAAGGCCGAGCCGCCCCCCAAGAAGAGGAAGAAGUGGCUGAAGGAGGCUGCGGGCAAUGCCUCGGCGGGCGGGGGUCCACCAGGCAGCUCCUCGGACUCAGAGUCAUCCCCGGGAGCACCUAGCGAGGACGAGCGGGCCGUCCCCGGGCGUCUGCUGAAGACCCGGGCGAUGCGGGAGAUGUACCGAAGCUACGUGGAGAUGUUGGUGAGCACGGCACUCGACCCAGACAUGAUCCAGGCCCUGGAGGACACGCACGACGAGCUGUACCUGCCGCCCAUGCGGAAGAUCGAUGGCCUCCUCAAUGAGCACAAGAAAAAAGUCCUGAAGCGGCUGUCGCUGAGCCCAGCCCUGCAGGACGCCCUGCACACGUUCCCCCAGCUGCAAGUGGAGCAGAGCGGGGAGGGCUCCCCUAAGGAGGGGGCUGUGCGGCUGCGGCCAGCUGGGGAACCCUACAACCGCAAGACGCUCAGCAAGCUCAAGAGGAGCGUGGUCCGAGCCCAGGAGUUCAAAGUUGAGCUGGACAAGUCGGGCUACUACACGCUGUACCACUCACUCCACCACUAUAAGUACCACACUUUCCUGCGCUGCCGGGACCAGACCCUGGCCAUCGAGGGCGGUGCUGAGGACCUCGGUCAGGAGGAGGUGGUCCAGCAGUGCAUGCGGAACCAGCCGUGGCUGGAACAGCUCUUCGACUCCUUCAGCGACCUGCUGGCCCAAGCACAGGCCCACAGCCGCUGUGGGUGACCCCGCCCAGCCUGGGGGAGCCACCUCUUCCAUGAACGGAGAAUUGGGACAGAACUGUGUCCUCAGGAGCUAACCCCCUGGGCCCCAUCGCCAGGAAAGGGGGGGGUCAUUGGUCAGGGUGUGUCCAUGCUGCCCCCACAGGGCAGGGUUCAAAGUUCGACUCCUCCCCUCUCCCACGCCCCCUCCACUCCGUCCCCAGCCCUCCCACUGUCCGGUGUACAGAGAAAUUAUUUAUAUAUAUGUAUAAAUGUCUAUUUAGUAACGGUUUCCCUCCCCACCUUGCCCCAAUCCUCUCUCCACGGCCAUAGCCCCGCCCCCUCCACCUUGUACAUAAUGUAUAGGAAAAGUCUAUGUAUGGUUGAGGGGGGCGGGGUGGCUUCAGAGAGCUGGGGGACCCCCUCUCCCCCAACCCCCCCCCCCCACAGGCCAAGAUCUUUGCUAAAGGCCAUUCCCUCCCCAGGGCAUUCGGCAUUGGGUGGGAGGGGGAAAACGCAUCUUGUUAAUUAUUUUUAAUCUUAUUUAUUGUACAUACCUGGGGC